AAAGUAGGUCAGAGAGGGCUACCCUUGAUAGACAAUCAGGUCAACACAUAUGCAUUCCUGUUUAACACUGUUCACUGUUAAGGAUUAUAACAGAGAUAGAGCCAUCUGCAUGUGUACAUAUAGGUCCACAUGGUCUGAUGGCAUUGCAAGCACAGAUUCCAGAAUAAUUGUGAUAACUGCUUUUUUGUUGCUUGAGCAUAGUGGAAAGGUCAUGGCCUGUGGAGCAGCAUUACCAUUAAACUACUCUUGCAAUUUUGAAGAUCCAGGGCAAUGUGAUACUAUUAUAUUAUCCAGAAGAAUUAUCUCUACAAUUGCAGCAGUUGGUUGUAUCCUUCUUUUGAUAUUCAUUAUAUGGCGGCCUCGCUUUGGAGAAGACUGGAGAAAUUUGGCCUACAUGGAUGUGAUGCUCAUUUACUUGGACGUUGCUAUACUUUUUCACAGCAUUGGAUGGUGGAUGGAAGAAGGGGUUGAUGUACUUAAAGAAAAACCUGGAUCUCCAUCACCCAUUUGUCUUGCAACUGGUCAUGUGCUUCAGUUUAGUAAUUGGUUUUCCAUUUUAGCAGCAUUCAAUAUAACCCUGUGUUGUUCAGUGCGAAUAGGAUGCAAGAUAGUAUUGGAUAAGUGGUGGAUCACCAUCAUUGUUUGCUUGCUUGUUUCUCUGUUCUUUACAUUCAUCCCUUGGGCAGGGAAUGCAUAUGGCCCAGAUGGCCUUGAAUAUGGAAUGUGGUGCUGGAUUCGCAAUGAUAAACUUUGGUGGCAAUUUGGAACGUGGUAUAUUUGGUUACUCAUAGGGAUAUUGCUGAUGUUUUUUAUGCCCAUCAUUGCAUAUUCCUGCAGACGAAAAUGUGAUGACCAUGCAAAAGCAGCCUUGUGCAUGGUGCUUUAUCCAGUACUUUAUCUCAUUUGUUGGAUUGCACCUACAGUAAACAGAUAUCAAGAACUUGUACACAGCUGUGAGCCAAGAAUCUACUCCCAUGUUUUAGGACACACAGUUUCAGUCAGUCUUUAUGGACUUCUGAUAGCAAUAGCAUACAUAGUUACAUCAAAAUGUAUCUGUGAUGGAGGAGAUGGAGGCGGGGCCACAGAAAUGCACGCUCGUUAUUAGAAGGUGAAGAUUGCAUUAGGAAAAUAUUAAGAUGACAAGUCCUCUUUAUGUGCAUGGGUAUAAAUGCAAUUUCAAUAUGAUCAUGUUCAUACCAAUACAUGGAUGUGCAUGACUAUUUACAAUAGCAGCUGAGUGACAAAAUACCUGAACAACUGAAUGGAAGUUUUUUCAAGUUUAAAAUACAAUACUACAAGUGAUGUAAAUAUAGAUUAUUAUUUGUGAUGUUGAUGUGCUACAGGUUAUUCUUUAUCAACAUCUUGGGGAAGAAAAUAGGAUAUUCAGUUUUGGGAUUUCUCUAGCCCGAAACCAGAUAUGAAAAUGAUCUAAAUGGCAAUAUAAAGCCGACUGAAAGCACUACAAAAUACUUUAAUGAAAUUCUCUAAAAUGACUUUUUUUUUAUAAAAUUAGCUUUCAUUUGAAAAUUUUACCACAUAAGAAUUGGCUGUAAAAGUUAUAAUUUUCAAUUUCGACAAUCCCUGAAAGCCAUCUUUGGCCCAUGAGAAGAUGUACUUGAAACCAAAUAACAGAUCUUAUCAAUCUUGCAAGGUUUAACGAACAAACAAAACAAAAAGAACAUUGACGGGCAGUUUAACUAAGCUUAAUAUAAAAUUACUUAGCUUACAGCUUUGCCUACUAUCAGUCCCAAUGAUCAAAGCAUGCGGUACACAUUUUUCACUGGCAUUUUCUUAUUGGUGUCAGAAAUGUGCAGUAUUUUAUCAACAUUUACUAUUGACUAAAAGGUGGAGUUACUAGCAUAUUAUAAAAUAUUAGUUUUAUAGUUUAAAAAUGUUAGUUUUAUAUCUAAUGCAUCACUGAUUUGUGAGAUAUGCUUCAUAAAUGUUUAUUUUUGCUGACAUUUCUGACUUCUAACCCAGGUAUUUGCAAGGACCAAAUGCAUAUGGUACAACUCUCAUUCAUCUAUCUACUGUAUUCAUAUAUCUACUGUAAAUUGUAUGAGAACAUGCAGUUUGAGCAGUACUUGAUGUGAACAGAUAUUUUUUUACUCAUUCUUAAAUUUAUUUUAUAUAACAUAUUUCAAAUAACAUAGAAGCUGAUAUAUUUUAUAAUUGCAGUGUGAUUUUAGUUUCUGAUUUACAAGUGUCAUUUGACCAAUGUAGAGGUUUAAUGGAAAUGUAUGAAAAUGACUGACUCAGAGGUGAUAUAAUUAGUUUUGUUGUAUAUAAGCCUGAACCAGCUGAAUUUAGAUUUUGGAAUAUAAGCAAUUAGGUUAUAGUUCAAUAUUUCUGGACAGGGUGUGACCAAGCCUUACCAGGUUCAAAAAGUCAUGGCAUACUUCCAACAUUUACACCAGUAAUGUAGAGUACCUGACCUGACUACCAUACUGUGUUACUUAACAGUAUCAUUGUACUUUUAAAAUAAUUUAAAUUUUUAAGAAUUUUAGUGAUAAUAACAUUUAGGAACUUUGUAUACACAUUUAUAUUUGUAAAACUAUUUUGAAUUAAGAACUGAGGGCCAAAUAAAUGUUUUUAAUAUA